UUAUUUAAAAGGUGUCUGAAUGUGAUCUAGGAAUGUGAGCUGAUUGAUAUUGAUGGGCUGCUACAUGUGUCCUAGGAGUGUCAUGUAGCAUAAACAUAUCCGGUCAUUCUGAUAGUAUUGUUCAGUCGAUAUUAGGCUACGCUCUGUGCAUAUUGCGUUCGGGCUUCAAGUUGAAUUGUUUCUCAUUGCAGGAUUAAUGUAGCACUGUCUCUUUAAAAAAAAUGUACCUCAUAUUGUCCAGGAAGUUGUCAUGUGAUCGGAGGACGGCGUUCAUUGUUUGUAUCCGUUAGGUCGAAGGUAAUAGGUAUACUGUUACUUUGUAGCAGAGUGUUGCAAUUAUCUUACUUUAACCUUUAUCCUUCCUCCAUGAUUUCAAUCAUGAACAGGGUGCAGUUGAAACGCUCGAACAUCUUGAGAAUGGCUCUAGCAGGAUCGGACUCCAUGGAAGAAGGAAAAGGCGAGACGUUUCUUCUUAAAGCCAUCAAAAUAGGUGGUGUGGUCGUACUUUAUUGGUUCAUUUCAAUAACCAUGGUGUUCUUAAAUAACUACUUGCUAGACAGUAAAGAUUUGGACGCGCCGCUAUUUGUGACAUUUUACCAGUGCCUUGUGACUGUCGGACUGUGCUAUGGCAUGCACUUGCUAUCCCACUUAUGUCCGGGUGUCAUCGACUUCCCCUCCGUCAAGUUCGACCUAAAGGUAUGCCGGGAGGUUCUACCCCUGUCCAUCGUGUUCAUUGGAAUGAUAACCUUCAACAACUUGUGCCUGAAGCAUGUAGGGGUGGCCUUCUACACUGUCGGCAGGUCACUCAGCACAGUCUUCAACGUUCUACUCUCCUACGUGAUCCUCAAGCAGACCACGUCCUUCUACGCCAUCCUGUGUUGUGGAAUUAUUCUAGGUGGAUUCUGGUUGGGUGUGGACCAGGAAGGUGUGGCGGGCUCCCUGUCGUGGGCGGGUGUGUUUUUCGGUGUGCUGGCCAGCGCCUGCGUCUCCCUCAAUGCCAUCUUCACCAAGCGGGUCAUGCCGGCGGUAGACGGAAACAUCUGGAAGCUCUCCUUCUACAACAACAUCAACGCCUGCAUCCUCUUCCUCCCACUCAUCCUCGUCUUCGGUGAGGUCGGCCACCUCGUCCAUUUCAGCCGCCUGGGUGACCCUACGUUCUGGGGCAUGAUGACGCUGGGCGGCGUGUUCGGUUUCGCCAUCGGCUACGUGACGGGCCUCCAAAUCAAGUUCACGAGUCCGCUAACGCACAACGUGUCGGGGACGGCCAAGGCCUGCGCUCAGACGGUCAUCGCUGUGGUCUAUAACCAGUCCAGUAAAAGUUUCCUGUGGUGGACUAGUAACCUGAUGGUCCUUGGUGGGUCUUCUGCCUACACCUGGGUCAAAGGCAUGGAGAUGAAGAAGGUCCAUAUUCCCCAGGAGGAGUCCAAAGAGAAACUGCUAGGGGAGAAGAGUGAUGCCGGGGUAUAGUGGGACUAGGAUGACAUUCCACCGCGGUGGUGGUGACCCGGGGGUUUUGUGGGAUGAGGAUGACCUUCCACUGUGGUGGUGGUGGUGACCCGGGGUAUAGUGGGACUAGGAUGACCUUCCAUCAUCAUCAUGGUGGUGGUGGUGGUGACCCGGGGUAUAGUCGGGAUGAGGAUGACCUUCUGCCAUGGUGGUGGUGGGGACGUUGACCCGCUGGUGACAGAAGAC